AUGGCUGCCCUGGUGGAAGCUCCACAGCCACAAACAAGCAUGGCAGUCCAGACAUGGCAAGAAAUCUUCUACAACAAAUUCAACAAGAUUUGCCAAGAGUUCUGCCCCCAACACCCUCUCUGCUAUGCAGUUUUGGAGAACUUGAUAGCUGCGACGACUCCUCCAUCUACAUCCAGACAGAAGUUCCUAUUGAAGCCCUGUCAAGCAAACCAUCCAGCUGCACAGAGGGGUUCCCGGAAUACGCCUCGCCCUGGCUCCCGUCACACACCAGAACGGAGACAAAGGCACUGGCGAACACCACAGCUCAUGCACAACCGCAGCAGCCGAGGACCAAUGCAGAUCCGAAGCUACAGAACACUGAUUGAUACAUGCUGCCAACGUGCCCCAGCUUGGAGCUCCAUGAAGGGCAGACUUCUCAAGCACAAACUGCACAAUCAGAGAGUCCCCCCUCGGCUAGGCUUACCGAGUGCACUGGGGUGGUUCCAGAGGCUCGAUCCUGUGGCUAGCUAUUGCUGGACUCAUAAAGACACGCAGCAGGGACACAGCCAUAUCUGGGGUUGGUGGGGUCCUCCUCCACAACUUGACAUAUGCAGGCUUACAGUAUAUUUCCCAACCUUAGGAGUAGGUUAG